AUGGGCGACCUUGACUCGCUGCCGGAGCACAUUAUCUUAAAAAUUCUUCGAGAAUUGGGUGGACCAAUCCAUGUUGCAAAUUGUGGGUUAAUUUCACGACGAUGGCAUCGAAUAACCCGUAAAGACACACUCUGGCGGAACACAGAAUUUUCGGGCGAUUCACGUCUAAAUUUACGACAGUUAACCUCUUUCACCAGAUCUUCUCUGGCAGCCAAGGUUGUUUGCUUAAGUAUUGAGGGAUACAUUGUGCGUACUUCGAGAAUGUUCUCGCAGUCCACUAUCACCAAUCAUGUUCUCUCUUUGAUGGGAAGAAGGAUGCUGAAAUUACGGUCACUCACUAUUCAGAAUGCGAAUAUCAGCAAUAUUGCCUUCAAAUGUAUGCCGAAGACUCUUGAACGGUUGUGUCUGAGUGGUUCGAUAAUUGGUUACUGUGCUAUGGAUGACUUGGCUCAUCCAGGGACUUUGCCAGCACUGCGGGAACUCGACCUCGACUAUGUACAUAAUCUUUCUAGCAACUCGAAGAGUUUUCAGUAUAUUCUUCAAAGAAAGGAUCUUAUCCAGCUACAGGUUCGACACUGCAAUGGGAUCUCAAAUAUCGACCUUAUGAGGAUCUCCGAUUUCCUAGUCAAUUUGAGAGUUUUGAACGUGUCUGAGAUUAGAUUUCUUAAUGAUACUGUGAUAAAGUCGAUAGCAUUCCUAAAAAGUCUGGUUGAAUUGUUCAUUGCUUUUACCGCUAUAUCUGACGAAGGAAUCCACAGUCUAGUACAAACCGAGUCAAAACUCGUACUUCUUGACAUUCGAGGGUGUCCACGGGUCACAGGGCAAAGCCUGUUCAUGCUUUCUUGUAUAAAGAGCCUUCGAGAAGUAUGGAUAUUGCAGUUCAUGACUGGUUGUGCUAGCGCACGGAAGUCAUUGAAAGAGGCUGGUUCGCAAAUGUUAAUUCUCGAUGAGAUCGAUCGCCAAAGGAUGGCCGUUCCGCAACGCAUGGACUUCUACAGUAUAUAUUUUGCAAAUGUGUUUGGAAAUUCUCCCAGCGAAAAUAUUGUGGAGAACGUGCAUUGA